AUGGCCCCAAUAAAAGUCACAGAAUUGGGAAUUGUGACCAUCUGCAACGAACUGCAUCCGUCAAAAGCCCGGGACCCAAUUCUUGUCACAGAGUUUGGAAUCGUCAAGCUCUUUAACGAAGUGCAUCCACGAAAAGCCGAGACCCCAAUUGAAGUCACAGAGUUGGGAAUUGUGACUUUCUGCAACGAACGGCAUCUGUCAAAAGCCCGGGGCCCAAUUUCCGUCACAGAGUUUGGAAUCGUCAAGCUCUUCAACGAAGCGCAUCCACGAAAAGCCGACUCCCCAAUUGAAGUCACAGAGUUGGGAAUUGCGACCAUCUGCAACGAACUGCAUCCGACAAAAGCCUGGCGCCGAAUUUCCGUCACAGAGUUUGGAAUCGUCAGGCUCUUCAAUGAACUGCAUGCACGAAAAGCACGCAACCGAAUUGAAGUCACAGAGUUGGGAAUUGUGACUUUCUGCAACGAACUGCAUCCGUCAAAAGCCUGGGGCCCAAUUUCCGUCACAGAGUUUGGAAUCGUCAAGAACUUUAACGAAGUGCAUCCACGAAAAGCCGAGUCCCCAAUUGAAGUCACAGAGUUGGGAGUUGCAAUGACUCUCUGCAACGAACGGCAUCCGUCAAAAGCCAUGGCCCCAAUUUCCGUCACAGAGUUUGGAAUCGUCAGGCUCCUCAAUGAACUGCAUUCACGGAAAGCACGCCACCCAAUUAAAGUUACAGAGUUGGGAAUUGUGACCAUCUGCAACGAACUGCAUCCGUCAAAAGCAUGGCCCGGAAUGAAAGCUACAGAGUUUGGAAUCUGCAGGCCCCCCAACGAACUGCAUCCACGAAAAACCGACUCCCCAAUGAAGUCACAGGGUGAAUCGUCACUCUUCACGAACUGCACCCUCAAAAGCCCAGUUCCCAAUUCUUGUCACAGGUUUGGAAUCGUCAAUCUCUCAACUAGUGCAUCCCUCAAAAGCCAUUUCCCAAUGAAAGUCACAGAGUUGGAAUUGUCACCUCUGCUGCAACGAACGCAUCCGUAA